AUGUUUGAUAUAAUAUAUUAUAAUACGCCUUUAACAAUUGAUGCUGUCACAAUUUUGAUGGCGCUUGCUGAUGACGCUGCUGAUAUUGAUAAUGCCGCUAACGUUGAUAUUGAUAAACGACAACAAUUGGACACUGAUUGCACUUACGUAAGCCAGUGUAAUGAUACGCUUGGUAUUGGAGAGGGAAAGGGUAACAUUUAG